CGGAAGUAAUUUCAAUUGGAUUUUUCUGUCGAUGGAAAUAGCCAGUGCGUCUGAUAGAGCAAUUCAUUAAUCAUCAUAUAACCAUACAUAUAUGUAUGUGAAAUUGUUCGGGAGACAAGAGUAUAUGCUAUUCUUCGUGUGUGUUUUAUAGCACGCAAAUAUAACAUUGUUUAAUUCGAGGAUGACUACAGUAUAAAAUGACACUCAGCAUUGAGAAUUGUGGGAAAUUAAGACUGUUUCUUCUAGUUUGGAUUUUGACGUUUACGCUAUACAAGAUUGCAGACUGUCAAAAUUUUGAAUUAACAACCAGAAGAACAAGGUGGGAGGAUUUAAAGGAGAGUUGUAAUACAGCUGCUAACGUUUCGUUGUUGUUUUGCUCGAAAAAUAAUGAAGACGACACAAGUUGUGAUGUAAGACGUAUAAAUAGUAUAGACACUACAAAUCUUCCUGAUACCUUUUCUGCUUGGAUCAAUGCCUAUCUGGUCCGAUCAUUUAGCAUUGUAUACGAAGGUUGUUACCAGCUUGAUCCAAAGUCUUUGACAUCUAUAGAAUGUAAUACAACCGAUCUUACUGAAUGUGCCCGGAAGUGUAAACAUUCAAAACUUGGUAUUCAAGAAAACAACAGCUUUAGCAUAUCAGAUAAUGAUCUGGUUCAUGACAACAUCCAUAAUACAAAGAUUCCGGAGGAAUCCUGUCAUAGUGAAAAUAGUGGAAAUGAAUUAGAAAUAAAAGUUUACGACAUUAAAAAACAUGUUAUUCUAGAUAAAGAUUUGUGUCCAGUAGGAUAUUCGCUAAGCAUCCAAAAUAUUUUUGUCGGAGAGGAAGAUUGCCAGAUACAUAAGAAGUUCUAUUGCUAUGGUAGUACGGCAGUUGAACGGAAUGAAAUGUCAUGGUAUGACGCACAGAAAUUUUGUAUGAACAUUUCUUCAAGGUUGAUAAAUAAAUGGGAAUUUUCCUCUGCAACACAGAAGCAAUAUUGGUUACAAAGGUUACAUUAUAAUUAUUUUGACAUAAACACACCAUUACCAUUAUUCCCAACAAGAUGUGCAGCUUUGAUCCGACAGAGAAAGGUGUAUUCAAUCGAACUUUUUAACUGUUCUAUGGAGUUGUAUACGCUUUGUCGAACCAAACAUGCCCCAACAGAUACAUGGCCAGGAAUUUUAAUACCACCAGCAAAAAAUAGUUCGACAAAGAUGACAACUACCAAAUUAUCUCCAGCCUCACCAGGAGUUACGUAUCAGAUAUCAACUAUUUUUUCCACAGAUGUUAAAAUUCCGAAAACAACAGCCAAUGAUAGUGUUACCAUGGCUACAUUGAUCCCUGACACCGUAAGCGUUUCGAUAAUUAUCCCAGUAGUUGUGGCGGCAGUCAUUAUUAUUCUCGCAAUAAUUGUAGGAGUGAUAAUUUGUGUCAGAAGACGCCGAAAUGCAGGAAACGCUCCAUUUCAGUCUCCAGAAAGGGAACACACUACAUUAAUAAAUGUUCAAAGGUCAGGCCAAAGUAGUCCUAAUACUGACACAGGUGGUGAAAGUGUUGAACUUCAAAGUCAUAAUUGAAAAUCAUACAAUUGAAGAAAAAUUGAAAUUGUUUUGUUAUACCGUGCGGCAAAGUGUGCGAAUGAAAGAAGACGUUAUUGUU